CAGAACAGUAGGGCAACAGAGAGACGAGUGUGGGGCAGAUUCCAUUUAUAAAUUUAAGAAUAUUACAUUGACCAACAUAAUGGCGGGAAUGAUAUCUUUUCUACAUAAAAGUCAGCUUCGUCUGGAUUCCGGAUCAGGAGCUGCUACGAUGGAAGAUAGUGGAAAUGAUUAUAGAAAACCCUGUAGAAGAAGUCCUGCCAGUGGAAGGCGUAUUCUUGCGCUCGGGCACGGAAUGAAAACUCUAGCUGGGCCAUCAGACAGAUUACCGAAGCGUUUCAGAAAAAAACGUUGCAAUGAAAUUCAUCCGCUACUUCGACGAAGUGUCUGCACUUUAAUAAUGGCGGGAGCAGGAUUGAUGGCAGGAAUUACUAUCUUACUUGUUGAUCAUUAUAUGCAUAAAGAGAUUUCGAGGGCCGGGAUAAUAGUUUCAUCUAUAUCACUGUGUUUCAUAAUUCUCGGAAUAGCUUGGCUAUGUUGGAGCACAGCUCAACUUCGAAAACUCAGAGAAAAGAUUCUUGAGAAACAAGCUGAACGUGAAAAUAGGCAGGGGAAAGGCGGAGGAACAGACCAAUUUUACACUGAUCGGCCUGCACAUGAUCCUGCAUCUCUUUCUGCUGCCAAAUGGCCAAUGGAGUCCGUUAUCAGAGAAGAUUCAUCUAAAUCAAGAAGACUAAACUCUCGUAAUAGCGUCGAAUAUGAGGGUGAUAUUCCUUACAACGUUCCCACAAACUCCAGAAAAUAUAAUAAGUUCAAUCAGCUUCCAUCCAACAUGUCCGGAACUAGUUUGAUGAGUGAAAAUGACAGCGUUUUUACACGUGAACUUUCAACCAUGGAUUUCUACAGACAAAAAUCAAUCGACAGUCGUCAGUCCACAGGUUCUGGUCCAGUACCGCAGAUUUACGUCACAGGGUGUACCAACGAGCAGAAAAAUGAAGAUAGGAAAGAAGACUCGUCAUCACGGAGAGCUCCUAAGACAGAAAACAUUGAAAUGAGAAAAAUAUGACUAUGUAAGAAGUAGAGCUCAACCAUUACGGGAAAUAAUAAGUGCACCGCAGAGGAUGGGCUUCACACGGUUUAAAUAAAUACAUGCCCGUUGCGAUAACGACGGCAUGGCGGCCAUGCGACUGACCACUGAUAGCAUAGAAUUAAAUAUUAUAAUAUUAAGUGAAUGAAGUCAAAUUCUAACUUACAACACAACAUUCUUAAUAAUCCAUGGGCCAUAAUAUUGUUCCAGGCAAUUAUGUUCACCGCAAUUUUCUUAUUUAUGCACUUUCAAUAUUAAAAGCAUUUGAUUCCAAGAUGCCAUUUUUAUCAUUAAAAUUGUUGAUCAUCUGCUUCAGUUUGACAUAAUUUCCAAAAUACUCACACAAGAUGGCAUCUGAAUUGAUUUUUGGAUGAACAGAUAUAUAGUGGUAUUGUGUCUCUGAUUUAUCUGAGAAUAUUUUGUUGUCAACCUAAUAUUGCUAACGGCAUAUGAUAUACUGUAUAUAAUUCCGUGUAUAAUCGGUACAUUUUACAAUCACUGCUGAUAAUAACCUUUUAAUACAAUAUAAUAGGCCCCGCUGCCACCUUCCAUAGACAAGUUAGAUGAGCAAUUUUUUAAUUUGAAUCUUUAUACUUUUCCGUUAUUUAUACGAUGAUCUAAUAUAAUUCUGUCAUGUUUUUGCUUUAUUUGCUAUUUGAAACAAUACAAAUAUGAAGGAGUGACAAGUAAAAUACGGCACCGUCUUUAGCUGUGGUGAAAAUCGACAUGAGAUCACUGCUAUCAAUAAAUUGUUCGAUCACCAGAACGUGAAACAAUUUUUUAAAAGAUGCUAAAUUGUUGUUGUUGUUGUUGUCAAUCUUUUUUUUUUUUGUUGUUACGGCGGAUGUUGGGAUUGUUUUGGUAAGAAAUCACCUUUCUGUGCAACUGAUAAACCAACGGAUUUCAAAUACGGACAAGGUAACUAGGAGGCUAUUACCUUCCUUAUUUUUUCAAAGCUUCUCUCAGUUGGCAUCUGAACUUUCAUCCCAAUUUUGUGUCUUUGUAAUUUGAUUAGAGGGGAACACUUUGUAUCCCGCAACGUCACGCUUGCCUUCGAUAUUUUCAGCAAACUCAAUUCCCAAAUACUUUACCGUAUUGGUUCCAUUUUGUCAAUUGCUCUCCUGUGUGUAUUUUUAGCUUAGGAAACAUCGCUCACACUCCUCUCGCAUGUUUGAAGUAAAAGUUAUGAUAUGAUUGUCAAUGUUUGCAUAUAUGAGUCGAUAUUAUCAGAUUUCCCUAUACAGUACUGUAGUUAUAUUCAUGAUAGAUACUGAUAAAAACACGUUUCGAAACGUUGUUUUCUAGUUAGUAUUUACUAGACAAGCGUGGCCACUUGACGCACUCUUAUCGCUUUAGUUAAGUAAUGUUUGAGAUUAGACGUCUCAGAUAGCAGAGCACGACUGCGCGAUCUUCCUGAAGCUUGCGUGAACUAAUGCU